AUGUCAUCUGAAGAAGUUUUGAGUGAUUCAUCAAGUGAAAUAUACAGAUCAUCUACAAUUAAACGUUGUAGAGUCAUAUCUGAUGAUGAAACUGAAAGUGAACAUGAAAGUGACUGGUAUGCAGAUAGCAAUAAUAGUAAUCAAAUAUGGUUUAAUCCAAUUGGCAAUCAACCCAAUUUGAAAUCUUUUUCCGGCAUACCUGGUAUCAAUGUAUCAAAUAAUAAAGUUUUAGAAUGUAAUUCACCAAUAGAUUUUUACUCAUUAUUUUUAAAUGAAGAAAUAAUCCAGAUGAUUGUAAAUCAAACUAAUCUUUAUGCAAACCAAAUGAUGAAAAGAAAUCAAUCCGAGCGAUUGAGUAAAUGGAUUCCUACUAAUAUACAUGAAAUUAAACAGCUCUUUGGUUUAAUUAUGUGGAUGGGAUUGGUAAAACUUCCAACUAUACAACUUUACUGGACGAAAGAUGUUUUAUUUGCUCAAAGUUUUCCACGUACUGUGAUGUCUCGCAAUCGAUUUGAAAUAUUAUUGAGAAUGCUUCACUUUGCAGACAAUGAACAAAUUAGUAAUCCAAAUAACUUAUUGUAUAAGUUACAAACGUUGAUUGAUACAUUAAAUAAAAAUUUUAAAGAAUAUUAUAAUCCUAGUGAAACUGUUUGUAUUGAUGAAUCUAUUAUACCACUCCGUGGACGAAUUAUAUUUAGACAAUAUAUAAAAAUAUUUAAAUUAUGCAGCACAUCUGGAUAUACAAAUUCUUUUCAAGUAUAUGCAGGGAAAACUACAAAUACAGAAGAAACAACACCCAUAAGUGUUGUAAUGUCUCUAUGUCAAAAUAUAAUAAAUCUUGGACAUACAUUAUGUACAGAUAAAAGAUAUACAAGUAUUGCUUUAGCUGAAAAAUUACUUUCCGUUGAUACACAUUCGAUUGGAAUUCUUCAAGUUAAUCGUCGCGACAUUCCAAAAGAUAUAUUGUCAAAAAAGCUACAAAGGGGUGAAAUAAUUGCAAGAGAACAUAAAAAUGGUAUAACUAUUUUGAAAUGGAAGGAUAAACGGAAUGUACUCAUGCUUUCAACUAAACAUUCUACAGAAAUGGUUACAGUUACUGGCCGAAGGAAUAACUGUAUUAAACCAAAAAUUAUUGCAGAUUAUAAUAUCAGUAAAUCAUAUGUUGAUUUAUCCGAUCACAUGACAUCAUAUCUCAGUCCAUUGAGAAAAGGCCAGAAGUGGUAUAAAAGACUGGCCUUUGAACUUUUAUUUAAUACCUCUGUAAUAAAUGCUUGGAUAAUGCAUAAUAAUAUAAUAAACAAUCGUAUAUCUAUUUUAGAAUUCCGACAAAAAUUAGUUAAACAAUUGACGGAACAUCUAAAUGAUACUGACACAUCUUUGCCUAGAAUGCAACUUACCAUUAGAAGGCAUCACGAAAUAAAAAGCAAAAAUGGAAGUGCACGGCAAACUAGACGACGAUGUAAAAGAUGCUAUGAAGAAAAUGUGAAGAAAUUUGGUCGAGAAUUUGCAAAAAAUCGUACAAAAAAAGUAACAACAUUUUGUGGAAAUUGUACUAGCAAUCCUUAUUAUUGUUUGCCAUGUUUUAAUACAGUUCAUCGCGAUCUACCCAUUUAA